CACGAACUAGACUACGUAAUUUAUAUUACUCCCAAUUUUUUCCUCUUUCGCGGAGACUACAAGAAACUAAGAAGUUGAAUUUUUCUGCUCGUUUCGGUUUUCGAAUUACCGAUUUAUUUCUAUGGCUUUGAUUUCAUUUGCUUCUGUUAGUUUCACUUCACCUUUGAUCAACAAGUCUCAGUUUUGUGGUUCAUUUCCCGUUGGAAUUGGAUCAGCGAGAAAAAACCGCGGAGUUAAGUUUUGUAGAGCUGCUGCUUCUUCUGCUGUUGUAUUUCCGCGGCUCGAUGCAGAUGAUUUUAGGCAUCCACUAGAUAAACAGAAUACGGUGUUAUUGCGAGCAAUUCCAGGUCUAAACGAUAUCGGAAAGGCCUUUUUAGGCACUAUAUCAGAGCAGGUCAUGGUUCUUGAGAAUAUAGGGACAUCAGUUCUUGUUUCAGAGAAUCAGCUUUCUGAACUUCAUCAUUUAAUGGUCGAGGCUGCUGGAAUACUGAAAACUGAGGCACCUGAUCUUUACAUUCGUCAAAGUCCUGUACCUAACGCCUAUACUCUAGCCGUCAGUGGUAGAAGGCCAUUUGUUGUUGUUCAUACAAGCCUUGUGGAGCUUUUGACCAGAAAGGAGCUGCAGGCUGUUUUGGCACAUGAGUUAGGUCACCUUAAAUGUGACCAUGGUGUAUGGCUGACAGUUGCAAACAUUCUUACCCUUGGGGCCUACAGUAUUCCUGGGCUUGGUGGAAUUAUAGCUCAAAGAUUGGAAGAACAACUAUUCCGUUGGCUCCGAGCAGCAGAGCUUACUUGUGAUCGUGCAGCUCUCCUUGUUGUUCAAGACCCAAAGGUUGUCGUCUCUGUACUGAUGAAAUUAGCUGGGGGCUGCCCAUCUUUGGCUGAUCAACUAAAUGUGGAUGCCUUCUUGGAGCAAGCUCGCUCUUAUGACAAAGCAUCUUCAAGUCCAGUUGGCUGGUAUAUAAGAAAUGCUCAAACAAGUCAACUCUCACACCCACUUCCCGUUUUACGUGCUCGUGAGAUUGAUGAGUGGUCCAGAAGCCAAGAUUAUAUAUCUCUUCUGAACAGUGCAGCUCGGAUCAACGGUGUACAGAAAGUAUAGACGGCGAUGGCAUUGAGGUUGAUACAAUACAUACUGGACAAUUGUUUAUAUCAAUGCAAAAUAUUGGAAUGCAGACACUAGUGCCGGAGAUGAAGUUCUUAUUUUGUGCGACUUUCUCUGUGUCUGCCUAUACUAUACAGAUUACCAUUUGGAUUGGCAAUCUUGCAUACUAAUUUGCCACUGUUUUAGAUGUAAGCAGGUGCCAUAUUCCUGUAUAGAGUGGCACUAUGCAUGUAUAUGUAGAUGUUGUAUAUAACUUUCGAAAAGGAUUUAAGGAAACUAUAAUUCUGGAAGACUUUCUUGCUAAUUCGCAGUUC